GUUGCUCUCUCGCCUCUCCAAUUUUCACUUUUUUUAUUCCCAAUUUCCUCUACCAAAUUUGAAACGCUCGAAUCCUAAGAAAACUGAAAAUAAAUACACAGCUUCCAGUGUAGUGUGUACCCUUCAUUGAGUCUGAGUGGUGGCAGAGAGUACUCGUAGCUCCUUCAUUAUGGAAGGCGGUGGGAGGAGGAUUACAGUGAGUCCAAGACCAUGCUGUGGCCGGAGAGUGUUGGCCAAGAGGAGGCCGCGUCGAGGAGGCAUCUUUGGUGGCUUUAUCAACAGCGUGAAGAAGCUUCAGAGGCGCGAAAUCAGCUCCAAAAGUCAUCGUGGCUUCAGCCUCACCGAAGCUCAAGAAAGGUUUCGCAACAUCCGAUUGCAGGAAGAGUAUGAUUCACUUGAUCCAAAAGGUCCUUCGGCUGUUGUAUUACCAUUUCUGAGAAAGAGGUCAAAGAUUAUCGAGAUUGUAGCAUCACGUGACAUUGUUUUUGCUCUUGCACAAUCUGGUGUUUGUGCAGCAUUUAGCCGAGAGAGCAAUGAAAGGAUAUGCUUCUUGAAUGUCAGUCCGGAUGAAAUUAUAAGAAGUUUGUUUUAUAAUAAAAAUAAUGACUCACUUAUCACAGUUUCUGUCUAUGCUUCGGACAGUUUUAGUUCUUUGAAAUGCAGAAGCACCAGGAUUGAAUAUAUAAAGAGGAUUCAACCAGAAGCUGGCUUUGCUCUUUUUGAAUCUGAGUCAUUGAAGUGGCCUGGCUUUGUAGAGUUUGAUGAUGUAAAUGGGAAGGUACUCACAUACUCUGCGCAGGAUAGCAUAUACAAGGUGUUUGACCUGAAAAACUAUUCAAUGUUAUACUCCAUUUCAGAUAAAAAUGUACAAGAGAUUAAGAUAAGUCCGGGGAUCAUGCUGUUGAUUUUUAAUAAAACAAGUAGCCAUGUCCCCCUCAAAAUCCUCUCAAUAGAAGAUGGUACUGUUUUGAAAUCAUUCAACCAUCUUCUUCAUCGGAAUAAGAAGGUGGAUUUUAUUGAACAGUUCAAUGAAAAACUUCUUGUCAAACAGGAAAAUGAGAACCUCCAAAUUCUUGACGUGAGAACUUUUGAGCUCACAGAAGUUAGCAGAAGUGAAUUUAUGACGCCAUCUGCAUUUAUAUUUCUAUAUGAGAACCAAUUAUUCCUGACAUUCCGAAAUCGAACUGUGGCUGUGUGGAACUUUCGUGGAGAACUUGUAACUUCUUUUGAGGAUCAUCUCUUGUGGCAUCCGGACUGCAAUACAAACAACAUUUAUAUAACCAGUGACCAGGAUCUCAUCAUAUCAUACUGCAAGGCUGAUUCUGAUGAUCCAUUGUCCGUAGGAAAUGUGGGAUCCAUCAAUGUCAGCAACAUUUUAACUGGCAAGUGUCUUGCAAAGAUAAGAGCGAGUAAUAGCUUUGUGAAUGAAUGCAGUUGCGGUGACGAUUGUUCAAGCAGCAAGUGUAAUGCAAAGAAGGUAAAACGUGCCUCUAGAAUUACUAGCACGGUUGCAGAAGCCUUGGAAGACAUUACUGCUCUCUUCUAUGAUGAAGAACGCAACGAGAUCUAUACGGGCAAUAGGCUCGGUCUGCUUCAUGUCUGGUCUAACUGAUGUAUUGCUGAAUUUAUUGUUGCCAUGUUUUUUCUUAUUUGUUUUUCUCCAUGGCUGCGGUGAUAGUCCUCACCUGCUAUGAGAACUUUCGGAACCGGAAACCAUUAAUUGGUCUUGAAUCAUUCCUUUUUUUCUUUUCAUAUAUGUCUUAGGCAAGUUUAAUCCACAGGUGGCAACAAAUCUGUGUUAGGUGAUACUGUAUGCUGUUAACUCACCAGAUGUUGUUUAUGUUGUAAUGGAUGUUACAUUUAU